AUGUCCAACAGCAGCUUCCCCAACGAGUUCCUCCUCCUGCCAUUCGCAGACACACGCGAGCUGCAGCUCCUGCACUUCGCGCUCUUCCUGGGCAUCUACCUGUCUGCCCUCCUGAGCAACAGCCUCAUCCUCACAGCCGUAGCCUGCGACCACCACCUCCACACCCCCAUGUACUUCUUCCUCCUCAACCUUGCCCUCCUCGACCUGGGCUCCAUCUCCACCACUCUCCCCAAAGCCAUGGCCAAUUCCCUGUGGGACACAAGGGCCAUUUCCUAUGCAGGCUGUGCUACCCAGGUCUUUAUGUUUGUUGCCUUUGUCACAGGAGAGUUUUUUCUUCUCACCAUCAUGGCUUAUGACCGCUACGUUGCCAUCUGCAAGCCCCUGCACUAUGGGACAAUAAUGGACAGCAGAACUUGUGUCAACAUGGCAGCAGCUGCCUGGGGCAGUGGCUUUCUCAAUGCUGUGAUGCACACUGCCAAUACCUUUUCCCUUCCCCUCUGCCAAGGCAAUGUCCUGGACCAGUUCUUCUGUGAAAUUCCCCAGAUCCUCAAGCUCUCCUGCUCAGAUGCCUAUAUCAAAGAGGCUAAACUUAUUGUGGUUAGUGUUUGUUUAUUAUUUGGGUGUUUCAUUUUCAUUGUGCUGUCCUAUGUGCAGAUCUUCAGAGCCGUGCUGAGUAUCCCUUCAAAACAGGGCCAACACAAAGCCUUUUCCACAUGCUUCCCUCACCUGGUUGUGGUCUCCCUGUUCAUCAGCACUGCCUUUUUUGCCUACCUGAAGCCCCCCUCCAUGUCCUCCUCCUCCCUGAAUCUUUUGCUGGCAGUUCUGUACUCGGUGCUGCCUCCAGCACUGAACCCCCUCAUCUACAGCAUGAGGAACCAGGAGCUCAAGGAUGCGGCGUGGAAA